GCGACUGGUCGGCAGUCGGAGGAAAGCACAGACCGCGAGGAACACAGUCGAGCGCGGGCCAUGGCGGCGAAGGCGGCUCUGCAGAUGGCCCUGCUGCCGGUGGCGCUGCUGGCCGCGGCGUCGCUGGACCAGUCCGUGCUGCUGGAGAGCAGGCCUGACUGGCUGCUCACGUGCCGCCGGAGCGACCCGGAGAUCGACGAAUGCGUCCGAAGGCUGUUCCAGCACAUGUUCCCGGCGCUCGCAGCGGGCAUCCCGGAGAUCGGCGUCCAGCCGUUCGAGCCGCUCUACAUCGAGCAGCUGGGGCUGACCAAGGGCCAAGGAGCCAUCACCAUCUCGGGCAGCUUCAGGGACAUCCUAGCGCACGGUCCCAGCAACGCCACCACCACCUACGCCCGGUUCGACCUGAAGAACAAGGUGUUCGAGCUGGGGAUGGACAUACCGGAGGUGCGCGUCGAGGCGGACUACGACCUCACGGGCAAGAUCCUCAUCCUGCCGCUGGUGGGGUCCGGCGACGCGAGGCUGCGACUGCACAAUAUUACCACAUCAAUCAAGUGUGACAUGGAGUUUCCCAAAGUGAAUGGUCGAGAAAUCAUGUAUCUUAGGACUAUGAAAGCCGAUUUUAUAGUCAGAGGACUGAAUGUCUAUCUGGGGAAUCUAUUCAACGGCAACAAAGUGUUGGGCAACACGCUGAACGCCUUCCUCAACAAGAACUCGCAGGAGGUGCUGGCGGAGCUGAGGGAGCCCGUGGCGAACAGCCUGAGCGAGGUGUUCAGGAACCUGAUGAACAGCGCGUACACGCACAUCCCCACGGACCUGUGGCUGCUCGACUGAAGAACAGCGACCCCCCAUCCUCCUCCUUCUUCCGCGCGGACUGACAGCCGCGUCGUUGGACCGGCAAGCUAGAGUUUCGUUGAACCCCCGAACAGUCCCGAACACAUCACAAGUUCUCUCUCGCUCGCUCGUGGAACUUCGCGAUCGGAAGAAGAAAAAAAACCUAACAUUAUCCGAGAGUUCAUACAUUUUCGCGAUUUUAGAGUAUUUUGUGGUGUCUUUCGACUGACCUGACAAGGUGCACGAUCACCUAUACACGUGCGAAAACCUGCCCUCUAAGAAACCAUAAACAACGAAUUUUUGCGAGAACCUUUAAUUCAUGUCAUAAACAUAUUCUAACUUUUAAAAAUUUUUUUAAAAAAAGUGGAUAGUUCGGGCGUCUGACUAGGGGUUUAUGAAUCUUCCGUUUCUCCCAUUGCACGUGCAUAUACUAAAUGCGGAGUUAGACCGUACGUCCAGACGGGGCAGUAAUAAUGUUGUUUAUCCAUCAUUGAACGGCUUACUCGGCAACUGAAGUGUCAAAGUUGUGUAUCAUGGCGAAAGCAGCAGUUAUGAAGUCUCUCAUCGCUUUGUUUACCAAGUUAACUUUACAGUACAGUUAGUACAUAUGCAGUGCGUCUAACUACUGCUUUGCAUUCAACAUUUUCAACAAAUUAUUGGUAAACAAAUGCACAUAAGUGUGAAUUUGACGUUUCUGAUAGCAAAUCGUGAGCCAGUGUUAGCCAUAUGUUCAGUAGGAAAGAAUCGGUCUACAUAUCUUUGGUUUAUACUCACGUGCACAUAUAACUUUCAACAAAAGGCCAUCAUGAUGAACGCAUUUGGUGCGUUUUUAAAGUUAUUAAAUCCCAUGACACUUUGUGUCGGCGAGUUACAAUGGACGGUGUUAAAAACACUCCUGUUCAAGAAAACAACGUGUCUGCACUACAGCUGGCCUCGACGGUUCUGUCGGCAAGUUCCGAAGCAAUGACGGCUCCAUGCGCAGAAGGCGAGGACCGCUCUAUGUGUCUCAUCGUUGGUCCAUGGUCCAGUUCGCGUGCCCUGAGAGAGGAUUCAAAGGUCUCUGUCAGCCAGCAGUCGCACUUCUGCUCGUGGCCGCCUCACUUCGGUUUCCCGAAUGCGGUUCGUCACUCAAGUCGACCGCUCAACGGUGAUCCAGAGACAAUGUGGUCUCCUUUUUCGCUUCCGGCGAAGGUAGUUUUUUUCCCCCUCCUCAACUUUGUGCUAAGAAGUUUCACAUGUGAUCACUCCAGUAUGCUUACAAUUCGGCUUUAUCAUGAGAUUAAUUAUUUUCUGGGAGCUAAAAGUAAAUGGUGUAUGCAUGUGGUUGGAUACUUGCUCAUGGUCCUGGUAGGGUAUACGCUAAAGAAAUACGUAUCACCAAGUAAACUCUCUAAAAAUUAUAAUGUUUGCAACUACAAGAGAAUGACGAAAUCCUUAUACAGGUGUUUAUAUAUAAUUGCAGGUCCGUUUUCCAUAAUAAAGGUAUAUAAUAAUAAUUAUUAUUAUAACCUAAAUUUUAAAAUCCAUUAAACAAUUCUUUACAUAUAUGACAAUUUUAAAAAUAAAAUUGUUUUGAAAGUCAAUAUUUAAAAUAUAUAAUUUCGCGAAAGUAUAAAUCGUGUAUUUAGUCUCCUGCAAUAAGUUUUUAUAAGGCAUAGAAUAACUUAAAAAUCUGAAAGAAAUGGUUGGUAAGGGUAGUAUUAAACCCAUUCCGCAAAUAUUCCUGAAAAACAAAAAAUCGUUUUAUAUUUAAAUAUGGAAAUUAAACCCCAAUAUUCAUCGAAAGCUACAGUUUAUUUUCCAGAAAAUUUUCUGGAAAAUAAUAUAAAAAUUUGGAUUUGUAAAGGAAGCAAUUUUUUUAUUUUUUAAAGUUGCUUUACAACAUUAUGUGAAUUAUAUAUUAGAGAAAAAAUAUUUAUUUUUGUAAAUUUCGUAAGCACUUGUGUAGAGCAUGAACUUGUUAAAUCCAAAAAAUUAAUUCAUCUGGAGUAAUCACACUUGUGAAAAAUCUGUACAUAUUAAAAGCAUGUUUCAGACGACCAUAUCACGUUUCCUUAGAAACAAAGUUUGUGGGGCGAUCGGAUGUCAACUCUUAACUUUGUGUGGUUAACGGCGACGAUAACGCCGUAUUUAUUACAAAUGCUUCAUUGCCAUAAAGUAGCAAUGUUUCAAGAUCGAUACAACGUAUUUAAGAAGCGCUUUCUUUAUUAUUGUUUAAAAGUCAUCGAGUGAAAUGCACUAUGUUAAAAGACUGAAAAAAAAUAACUCAAUAGUUUAAUAGCUACUUAGUCCUGCUUUAUCCAUUAACUUUAAAUAAUAUAAGUUUUUUUAGCUACCGUCAGGAAGAUAUUACAGUACAACAAUUAAAUGUCAAAAUUUAUGUAUAUAACCUUAUACGCUGUCCUUUAAAUAUUUAUAUUUUUUAAGAAGAGAACUAUAUAAUCGCUUAAAAUAGUCAAUUUUAUUGGAAAUAUAGUAAUUUAGAAGCCAUCAAUACAAUAACAUUUGGCUAUUAAUCCGAACAAAAUAACUUUUAAUACAACUGAAUUUAUUGCAUUACUCAUAAACUACUUUGAAAGUAUAUCUAAAUAAUUUAUUUACAUCGAAAUAAAAUUACAUUUGAGGUUUUAUGAGUUUUCACGAUACAGUCCACUCGUGCAUGCCAAUUUUUAUUGUUGAGUAGUUUUCUUUAUAAUUGUUAAAUUUGUAUUUCUUGUUAACCUUUAUGUGUAUGUAUAAUCAUUUUACUUUUUAACGUUAUCUAAUAGAGUGAAAUGCUUUUUUUAAACCAAAAGGUAAAAUGUAUAAAAUAUUUUAUUUUUGAAUUAAAUAUUUUUAAAAGGCU